CAAGAUUAUAAAUGAUAACUUCCGAAAUAUGCACCACACCAUUUCAAAGAACUGAAAACUAUCUAGUAGGAAUCGAAUCUUGUAUAGGUGGAGUAGAAUCAUUAUUGAAGUUUCGAUCAGGUGAUAUCUGUUUUAUUGGAAUAUGGGGGAUCGAAGGCGCCGGGAAGACAACUGUUGCAAGAAAAUUUUUUUACCAGAUUUCUCAUCAAUUUCAAGGGCCUUGUUUUUUUGCUAAUGUUAGAGAAGAAUCAAAGAAACAUGGGCUGAUGUACUUGCAGAAGACACUUCUUUCAAGACUCUUAAACGAAAAACCAAUGAACAUAGCAAGUUUUUAUGAAGGAGCUGACUUGAUAAAAAGAAGGCUUUGCCACUGGAAAGUUCUAAUUGUUUUUGAUGAUGUGGAUGAUGACCACCAAUUAGAGUAUUUAGUUGGAAAGCAUGAUUGGUUUGGUGAUGGUAGUAGAGUCAUUACAACAACUAGAAACAAAGAUUUACUACGUAGUCAUGACCAGUUAUAUUCUGUUCCUGAAUUGGCUAAAGAUGAGGCUCUUGAACUUUUUAGUUGGCACUCUUUUCAGAAACGAACUCCUGAUAAAGAUUUUUUGGAACUCUCCGAGUCUGUAGUAGAUUAUGCUAAAGGCUUACCCUUAGCUCUUAAGGUCUCGGGUUCCUUUCUCAACAAAAGAGGCAUAAUUGAGUGGAGAAGUGCAUUAGAUAGACUCAGAGAUACUGGAUAUGAGAAAAAUUUUGAGCGGCUCAGUUUAAGUCUAAAUGGAUUGAACCAUGAAGAGAAGAAUAUAUUCCUUGAUAUUGCAUACUUCUUUAGAAGAAGAAAGAGAUAUGAUGUGAUAACAAUACUAAAUAGUUUUGGCUUCCGAUCAGAGAUUGGAAUAGAUGCCCUCAUCCAAAAAUCGGUGUUAUAUAUUUCAAAAGGAAUGGUUGAGAUGCAUGAUUUGAUAGAACAAAUGGGUCAGCAAGUGGCACGUAAUGUUGACCGGACAAACCAUAGGAUCACAAGAGAUCGUGGCAUGAACAAGAUAUAA